AUGGCGGCGGUCCGCGGCGGAGAGGCGGUCUCCGUCGCGCUCCUCUUCUCCCUCGCCUUCUUCUGCGCCCGCCUCCUGCUCGACCGCCUCGUCUACAAGCCAUUGGCAGUCUACCUUUUCAACACCAAAGCUUCUAAGUUGAUGAAUGAUGAGGCCAGGCAAGCAAAGAUUGUCAAGUUCUCAGAGUCCAGUUGGAAACUUACCUACUAUGCUUCUGUUCAAGCAUGGGUCCUCAUGAUAAUAAAGCAGGAACCAUGGUCAUUGGAUAUGAUGCAAUACUUUGAUGGUUGGCCGAAUCAACCCAUCACGUCCUCAUUGAUUCUUUUCUACAUGUGCCAGUGUGGAUUUUAUAUCUACAGCAUCGGUGCUCUUGUUGCUUGGGAAACCCGCAGAAAAGAUUUUGCUGUAAUGAUGUCUCAUCAUGUAAUAACAUCUACUCUAAUUGGAGUUUCAUAUCUGACUGGAUUUUUCCGAAUUGGGACCAUCAUUCUCGCUCUUCAUGAUGCAAGUGAUGUGUUUCUUGAGACUGCCAAAUUGUGCAAGUACACAGAAAAAGAGCUGGGGGCUAGCUUGUUUUUCGGUCUCUUCGCUAUCUCCUGGCUGCUAUUGCGUCUAAUUUACUUCCCAUUUUGGAUAAUCAAAGCCUCGAGCUAUCAUUCCAUCGCAUUCUUGAGGAAGCUGGAUGAAUUCCCGACAGCUUUGUACUACAUCUUGAACACAAUGCUUCUCACAUUGCUUGUAUUCCAUGUGUACUGGUGGAAACUCAUAUGUUUGAUGAUAAUGAGACAAUUGAAUAAUAAAGGACAAGUUACAGAUGAUGUUCGAUCUGGUAAGAGAAUUUUCUUUGGUGGAAUUACUUAA